AGUUGGAGUGAUAGCUAUAUAUUUAAGGCUAGCUGCUCGCAGUAUUAAUUGAUGAGUGGCCCAAAGGCAGCACUUGUUUUGUUUCCUAGUUGAAAAUUCUCUUGUAUCGAUUGGAAACUUGGUAGCAUGAAAAUCAUUUUCUUCUUCGUAUUAACCUUUUCAAUCACAGUUUUAAGCAGCCCUCCUCCAAAGUAUGACUCAAUUUUCAGCUUCGGAGAUUCGCUCGCCGACACCGGAAACUUCCUGCUCUCCGGAGCUAUCAAGUUUCCGGUGAUCGGAGAACUCCCCUACGGCCAAACAUUCUUCCGCCAUGCCACCGGCCGUUGCUCCGACGGCCGCCUCAUUGUCGACUUUAUAGCGGAGGCAUAUGGUUUACCGUAUUUACCGCCGUAUUUAUCUCAUGGUAAAGAUGAAAAGUUUGAGCAUGGGGUGAAUUUCGCAGUAGCAGGAGCUACUGCUCUUGACCCAAAAUUCUUCUACGAUCGCAAGAUCGGGCAGAUUCUUUGGACAAAUGAUUCAUUAAGUGUUCAACUUGGCUGGUUCAACAACCUCAAGUCCACUCUUUGUUCCCACAAACAAGAUUGUGCAAAGUAUUUCAAAAGAAGUCUGUUUCUGGUGGGGGAGAUUGGUGGCAAUGACUACAACUACCCAUUCUUUGUCGGUGGAACCAUUACUCAACUUAAGGCAACGGUACCUGCGGUUGUUGGAGCCAUUUCUGCAGCUACUGCUAUGCUUAUAGAGGAAGGCGCAGUAGAACUGAUAGUGCCUGGGAAUCUGCCUAUUGGCUGCAACUCGGUGUAUCUAACCUUGUUCAGGACAAGUGAUGCAACAGCCUACGACAAAAACGGGUGUCUGAAAGCUUAUAACGCUUUCUCAAAGUACCACAAUUCUCAACUCAAAAUUGCUUUGGACAAGUUGAGGCAUAAAUAUCCUCAUGCAAAAAUCAGCUAUGCUGAUUACUAUGGUGCUGCUAAGAGAUUCUUCCAUGCUCCCAAGCAUUACGCUUUUACGGAGACGUUAGUGACCUGCUGUGGAGGAGGUGGGCCAUACAAUUUCAAUAAUUCAGCGAGAUGCGGUCAUGUUGGAUCGAAGGCCUGUUCGGAUCCGAAAGGUUAUGCGAAUUGGGAUGGGGCCCAUUUAACGGAGGCCGCUUACCGUUACAUCGCUUUGGGCUUGCUUAAUGGAUCCUUCACUACUCCUCCGCCCACAUUCUCCCCUAUUCAUGCAUUUUAAAUCUCUUAUCAUUUUAAAUUGUCAAUGCGAGAAUUGGCUUAGUUGUGGAUUGAUUUCCUCAAAUUUUUAAGGUGACAAAUCGUAAGGUUAUGUAUUUCAAAAGUUAUGUAAUAAUUCAUAAUUGAGUUCAAA